UCAAAGGAAGAUAAUGCCUGCCGCUCCUCCGGGUAGUGCGCUGAAGCAAGUGGGCAGCUUUCCAAAAUGUGAAGGAGAGGGUCUGCGAUAACGCUUGUGAUUCUGCGUGAGCUUUGGUUGGAGCAAAGUGGCUGAAGUCCCAGUCUCCUAUUAAGGCAUCCCCUGGGUUCAGCAGAGUUUGCGGGUAUGGGGAGAUCUGUUUCCCGAAGCUUUUGAAGUGUGCAGCAUGAAGCUUUGGGCUUUUGACAGCAGCAAGCCAGCUGCUGAGCUGGAAAAUGCUGCUCUACUGGAUGCGUGACAAGCCAAGGGGUGUCUGACUUGAAUUGCUCGUACAGGGUGGAGGCGAGGACUUGUCUGAGAAGUUUGGCGUCCUCUCUAGGCAGCUCUUUCCAACGCUAUGCCAUGCGGUGCUUAAAAUGCUCCUUUCUGGAGCAGCAGUGUGCGUAGGUGAUAAACCGAAGGUGUGGUGGUUCAGGGUAAAUUAUGAGCGCAAACCCUCCCACACAGCCUUGCUUGACAUGCAAAGCAAUUGCACUCUUAAAAAUGCUGUCUCUGUUAAACUGUGGAUCCUGCCUUGCACCUGUUUGGCUGAAUAACACCCAAGAGGAAUUGAUUAUGUGCCCAUCCUUUGAUCUGUUACCAGAUGACACCACGGCUGCACACUCUCAAAGACUGCAAGUGAAGUUUAAUCUUCUCUCUUCAGCAUCUCCAGAGAAUGAAAGCUGCUAUCUCUCUGUAGACCAAGAAAAAUGCCUGGAGGACUGCAAAUUCAAUGCGACAGCUAAAACCUUCUUUAUUAUUCAUGGGUGGACAAUGAGUGGCAUAUUUGAGAAGUGGCUGAGCAACCUAGUGUCUGCCCUCCACAACAGAGAAAAGGACGCUAAUGUGGUGGUGGUAGACUGGCUGGCACUUGCCCACCAACUCUAUACAGAUGCUGUGAACAACACAAAGGUGGUUGGACAAAGAACUGCAAAGUUGCUCAACUGGUUACAGGAAAAACAGUACCUUCAGUUUGAAAACGUUCACUUAAUUGGGUACAGUCUUGGUGCCCAUGUUGCUGGCUAUGUUGGUAACUAUGCAGCUGGGACAAUAGGCAGAAUUACAGGCUUGGAUCCAGCUGGCCCUAUGUUUGAAGGAGUUGAACCUUACAGACGCCUCUCCCCUGAUGAUGCGGACUUUGUGGAUGUCCUUCAUACAUAUACGAGAGAAACGCUGGGCGUCAGCAUUGGGAUCCAGAUGCCUGUGGGUCACAUUGAUAUCUACCCCAAUGGGGGCGAUUUCCAGCCUGGUUGUGGAUUAAGUGAUGUUCUGGGAGCAAUCGCGUAUGGGAGUAUUGGGGACGUUGUGAAAUGUGAACACGAACGAUCUGUGGACCUCUUUGUGGACUCUCUUGUGAACCAAGAUAAGCGGAGUUUUGCUUUUCAGUGCACAAAUUCCAGCCGUUUCAAGAAGGGAAUCUGUCUGAGCUGCCGAAAGAACCGCUGCAACAGCAUUGGCUACAACGCUAAGAAAAUGAGGAAUAAAAGGAACAGCAAGAUGUACUUAAAAACCAGAGCUGGCAUGCCUUUCAGAGUUUACCAUUAUCAGAUGAAAAUGCAUGUUUUCAGCUAUAAAAACUUAGGAGAAACUGAGCCUACCUUCUUGGUUACCCUUCACGGCACGAACAGAGACUCUGAACCCCUCUCUCUGGAAAUACUCGACCAAAUUGGCCUGAAUUCCACAAACACUUUCCUGGUCUAUACUGAGGAAGAUAUUGGUGACCUCUUAAAGAUCAAGCUUACGUGGGAAGGGUCAUCUCACUCCUGGUAUAGUCUGUGGAAACAGUUCAAGAGUUACUGGUCCCAGCCUGAGAAUUCCUCCAAGGAGCUGCACAUCAGACGUAUACGUGUGAAGUCUGGGGAAACUCAACAGAAGCUUACUUUCUGUGCUGAGGACCUUCAUCAGACAAACAUCUCUCCUGGCAAAGAGCUCUGGUUUGUGAAGUGUAGAGAUGGAUGGGAAACAAAAAAUCAUCCAAGGUCAGCCUUGAAUCUGCUCUGAAGGCUUCUCUGCAGACUUGCACGUAAGGACUAAACAUGAAAUGAAAAUGCAUAGAGAAGGCUACAGUAGUGAAAAGACACACUCCCGCACAGUCUGUCUCAGCAGCACUUAAGAAAACUCACUAUGGAGGACAGCAUGUCUCAGAGCUGAUGCAGGCAGUGGAGGAGUGAUCCUGAUGGAUUCAGUUGCUGUCCUAGAGUAACUUAUUAAAAUGACUAAACUCUCCCUCCUUAAAGGAGUCCGGUUAAUGUGCAUGAACCUGAUGAUGUAUAUAUUUCUUGAUCUGUGUUUAUGCUCUGCAUCACCACUCCCCCCCACACUUUGGCUUCUGUUAACUGGAAGUGUGGACAAGUUCUAGAGACAUCUGUGCCUUGACAACAGCAAUAUGCCUUGGAGGUUGAAGAGAGAAAUUCACUAAACAUCAAAACAGUUGAGACUAAGCUAUUGAAAACAUGUCACUGUGUCUAUAGCAUAGGAGGUACUAUGUGAUCUAAAAUUGCACUAAACCGUGUGGAAGAACGGAAAGUCUAAAUCUGUUUGUUUUUUGUUUGUCUGUUUUUUGGGUUGUGUUUUUUUUUUUUUUAAACUAAGCCACAAUGUGUUUUCUUCUAUAAACUCCAUCUUCUCUACACGCUGUUCAGCACUUUUCCCAUUAACCAGUUAUUGUAGGUCUGCCUGAUAUUGUUACAAACGCAUAGUAUGGUGAAGAGGCCAAUAUUUCACCACUGUCUUAAGAAGCAAAAGCAAAUCUAAAUAAGCAGUGAUGUUGUUAACAGGUGUUCCUAAGAUGGUUGUUCUACUGAAUAUAAUUAUCUAAAUCAGGACUAUCCAGAGCUUAUUCACUAUUGUCCUGAAAGAUUUAGAUGACAAUUACCCAUCUAUUUGUUGUAUAAUAGGAAGGCAGUUGAUUGAACUGUAUCAAACAAACCUUUCAGCAAUAAUAUUCAGAGGAUACAAUCGCCUCUAGAAGGAAGGGAAUUGUAAUGCAGCUGUAGUAUCAGCACACACGCUUAUUUUUUCACGUGUAACAAUAUUUGCCUGCAGAAAUCAUUUUCAGGCUCUUCUUAAUCAGUGACUCUAAUCUGGCUCCAUUUCAGCACGAAGUUACUGAUCCGAGUGUCAGAUUCUCACACAGCUGUUUGAUUCGAUAUAGCACUUUGUGCUGAAUCAGAGGUGUAGUUACAGGCAGGGUGAAGGGUGGGUUUUUAAUGCAUUUAGGAUUAUGCUUUGCUUUGGUUUUAACAUGCACAGCCUUUAGCACAAUGCCAAUGCUGCCUGAUCCAGUAAAUUCAGAAGGCCUUCAUCAACCAGGUCAUUUUAAAGGGCCAACAACUGUUUUUAAUAAUCCCGUGCCAACCAAAGUGAAAUCAUCAUAUGCAUUUGGAGAAUAAUGUGAUUGGUCUUGGUUAUGUACAAUCAUCAUUAAUUAAAGCCUUUGGUAACUGUGAUUUGUCACCAUACCAUAUUUAUACAGUGGUCUCAAGGCCCUAUUUGUAGAUUGUGUUUUUUAUAUGACUUGGAAUGUUAUUUAUUUCUUGAAUGUAUAUAUGGUUAAAAAACCCAAAACCUUUGACCUUUGCAUUUUGAGUAAGAGUUUUUAUAAACCUUAAACAUAAAAAUAAAGAUGUCUUGUAGAAACUGA